AUGGAAGGAGUGGAGCAGUGCGGGGCGCGCGGCCCCCGCUUCCUCGGGUCCCCUGGGGCCGUCACUACAGGCCGGAGGCUGUCGUCUCCCCGUGACCCGCUCCGUCAGGAGCACGACUUCGCAGACGCGCGGCCGGACAGCACGACCGUCCCGGAGCGGCCUGCGCAGGCGCACUGUUCCACUGCGCCUGCGCCGCUCGUCGCUCUCCGGUCCGGGCUGCUGGAUUCCGGGUCGAGGGGAGACGGCAGCCGUCGAGGGUCGCGGCCCCGCCCGCCCUGCCUUGAGGCCCUCAGCCCCCUCACCAGUCGCCGGGGACAGCUCCGAGCUGCGUUCACCUCAACGCGCUGCAGACGGUGCAGGACUCAGCAUGCGGAGGAAGGGGCGGGCGCAGCGCGGGGCGGGGCCAGAAGACAGCAUGCUGAUUGGCCUGCUCUGCUUGUAGGGUCACCACAUCGCUAUUGCUGGUUGCUGGGGGCGUCGAUCCCGCGCAAGCGCACUAUUGACCUGAGGGCGAAGUUAGCACAGGACGCCGACCUGUUGACCGCGACACCUGCUAACCUGUCUCCCUUUCGGGUGUCUGUACGUGGGUCCCUUCCUGCCACUCAGAAGAAAGGGCGCCGAGCCCAGGGCCACCUGAAGACGGAUUAAUGACCUGCCCAAGGUACUCCUGUUUUGCUGGCUAGCUGCCUCAGGCUGAGACCAGUGCGAGCGGAGACGGCUCCCAACACUGCAGACCACAGGGGUCCAACUCACGAAUGCAUGCAGCCUAGGACGCCUAGAAAGCGGAUCAACCCCAAUCCGGAACCUGCUGGGGAAUUAGCCCAGGUGGCAGACUGUUGGAUUAGCCAAGUCCCGGAAUUUCUUUACUAGCACCACAUAAAACGGAUUGGUCGUACACAGGCUUGAAAAUUCGAGCACACCAAAAAUGGACGCAGGAGGAUCAGAAUUCAGUCAUCCCUUGCCUCUGCAAUUCCUAGCCAGCAUAGGCUACCUGAGAAUCUGUGAUGGUUAGUUUUGUCAAUUCGAUAGGACAUAACGUCACCUGAGAAGACAGUCUCAACGAGGUCUUAUAUGGAUUGGGUUGACCCGUGGGCAAACCUGUGAGACAUUUUCACAGAGGUUGGGUUCUGCACUGUGCAGGUUUUGAGAGACGACUAAGAGAAAGCUUGAUGCAUCCUUUCUCUUUGGUCAUGGCUGUGCGGAUGGGGCAAUCAGCUGCCUUAAGUUCCUGCUGCUCUGCCUCCUCCGCAGUAAUGGCACUAUAUAUAAAACCUAGAGUUGUCCGCUAAAAUAAAGUCUUGUUCCAUUUAGUUGCUCUUUGUCAGGGUGUAUUACAACAGUAUCAGAUGU